AUGGGUUCGCCAAGAGAAUCAACCUCCUCGGAUGGAACCGUCAUGGAUCGCGACCCAUCGUCCACAGCACUCCUCCUCGAAGAAUUCCCCAAGCCUUCCGAUUCAAUACCUGAGGACGCCAAAACUAUCCCCAUCCUACCACUACUUUACAGACCAGAGUAUACCAAAACCUACAACCACAUCAUGAGAACCCGUGUUGCAGCCUUUAUCCUAAAUAUUGCGGCAACGCCACUCACCUUCCUGAGCGGGCCCGAAUCCCUACCAACACUCUUACCGGUACAAUUUAUCACUUUGAUGCUUACUAUACUACCUCUACUUCUAUGUAUGGUCGAGGCAUUGUCUACGAAAGAUACACUGGAGAGAGUUUUGAACGGUGCCAAUGCAAAGAAGAAGAGAAUCGCGGUUUUAGUCGAGGAUCCGGCUACGGGACAAGAGAGGUGGAUGUUGGAGCCGAGACCAAAGAGCGAGACUGCGAAAGGAGUGUUGAAGGGACGGCGUUUAAUUGCUGGCUGCGAUAUUUAUUCGGUGUUGAUAAUGCUCGGAUCGGUUGUGUUGUCGAUUCUUUGGGGAACACAGUACAAGUUGGUUUUGGCGGUGGUGUUGACGGUUAGGAUAUCGACCUUGGUGCUUGUGGCUGUGGCUGGAUGGAAGAGGUUCUCGUUGUCAAGAAAUGUGAAGAAGGAUGAGGCGGAAAGGGAGUACUAG